AGCGGCGUGCUGCAACAGAUAAAAAAAAAACAACAUAUUUACGAUAACUCGAUAACCCAUUUACUAAAGAAUAAUGUUAUAGGUCGCGCGGAGACGUCCAGUCGUGCUCGGACCGCAAUCGGGUGUAGACGCACCGCAACGCGCCACGAAUCGCAAAUCGCAAAAUAAUGCCAAGCGAAGUUUGGAUUUGAACAUGGAAAAUCUCAACGGCGACAAGAACACUGCAGUGCCGAUGAUAACGAAAGACGUUGAGAAGGUCUCAACUCCCGCCCCUGGUGUUGGGAAGGUCUUGAUCAGAGAGGACACGGUGCUGACCGUGCCAGGCUGUACUAGCUGCGGGAGAGGCCAGUUCACGUGUUCCGGAGUCCAGAAACAAUGGUCGGCGCUCUGCUGGGGACAGCAGUCGGAUAAAAAAUAUUACACGCUGCUAGUCGUUCUGUCGACAACCUUCGUUCUGAGUUUGAUCGGGACGAUAUUCUCGUGCUUCACAAAUACAAUCAACGAUGCUAUCUUAUCUAACAUGAUAAUCCGGAACAACUCAAUGGCUUUUUCGUUGUGGGAGCAUCCCACCGUGGAGCCACUGAUGAAGGUAUACCUCUUCAACUACACUAACUGGGAGCAAGUGAGGGAUGGCGAUGAAAAGAAGCUACACGUCGAAGAAGUCGGACCAUAUGUUUAUUCCCAAGAGUUAGAUAGGGUUAACGUUGAAUUCGAUGGCGACCAGCUGAGCUUCCAGGAGCUAAACAAUUUCCGUUACAUUCCUGAGAAGACGAACGGCGCGUAUUACGACCAGGUCUUCGUACCGAACCUCCCGCUACUGGGCGUGGUCUCAAUGUCGGUGGGCAUGAAUCUAAGCCCAUUCGCCCAAAUGUCAUUGAAUUCCGCCUUCGACUGGGCGAAUCACCCCGAUCCAUUCGCCAAGCUACCCGUGCACAGGUUUCUGUGGGGAUAUGACGACAGCAUCAUAAACAUAGCGAUUCCAUUCCUCUCCUUCAUCAACCAGUGGAAAUUCAAGGAGUUCGGACUACUGGCCGGUAAAAACAGAACACUGUCUGACCGCUACACAAUCAACACUGGCGAAAAGAAUAUAGAUCGGAUGAAUAUCAUCGAAAAGUUUGAUGGAAGAGACCAUUUGACUUAUUGGGGUAGCCCCGAGUGUAACAGCUUAGAAGCGACAGACGGCUCUAUCUUCCCUCCAUCACAACUGGACAAGAAUAAGACUCUAUAUGUAUUUUAUCCUCAACUUUGCCGACGAUUGCCGUUCAGAUUUGAAAAGGAAGUUGAGACGUAUGGCGUUAAAUUAUUACGCUACAAGAUGCCGGUGAAUGUUUUCGAUGACGCCAAACACAAUCCGGCCAACCAGUGCUACUGUGAGAUCGAUACAGCGACGUGCCCCCCGAAAGGAGUCAUAAACGUUACCGACUGUACCAUGGGAGCUCCAGCGUUGGUGUCAUUUCCUCACUUCAACCUAGGAGACCCUUUCCUGUUAGACCGGAUCAGUGGUCUCCAUCCAGAUCCAUUGAAACAUAUCAGCUAUCUGGACAUACACCCAACACUUGGCAUUGCACUGAAAGGGAAAAGCAGUCUUCAGCUGAACAUCCAAGUGAGGAAGACGAACUAUUUCUCCAAUUUACACUUCCUGGAUCAAGGACUUAUACUGCCCAUCGCUUGGAUCGAAAUGGGCGUCGAUGAACUCCCCGAAAGUCUGCAAGCGUUGGUCUACCACGGAACUUUCUCGACCGCGGCGGCCCAGCUCGGUCUAUCCGUCAUCUGUAUACUGACAUUAAUAAUAUCUAGCCUAUGUCUGUGCCUGACGAUCGUGGGUAGAAGAAAGAAGCCUUGCGUCACCCUCAAAAAAACGCCCGCAGAAAUAACAAAGAACCAAGAUAGCUCUUGAACUGUGGUAGCGUCUGCAUUUAUACUAUGCGCUUUAUACGGGAGAAAACUUUUGAAUUGAAGAUGGAAUUACUUAAAAAUGGAACAACACAGGAAUAUUUACCAUUAAUUUAUAAGAAUGACGGACUGUUUUGUUUAGUAUGUAGUUUCAAGUUGGAUUGCGUUUAGUUGUGUGCAGAAUUUUCUGGUUUCCGUGGCUCGUUGAAGGCAGAUUACCCGGAUUAACUUCUAAAUACUUUUUAACAGAAUUAAUUAAGGCCAUUCACAAAGUAUAAUUAAAAAAAUAUUCAAUUAAUGACGUAAUAAACAGCACGUUUAAAAGUUAUAAUAAAAACAUUGACUUCAAAAGACCCAGCGAUUGACACUACUUCGUCGGUCUAUCUGGUAAUUGGCCAUCCCACACUGCCAUUGCCAGUACGUGGUCUCCACUCAUGAAUCUUUCUGUCCCACCGGCCGUCCGAUCUUCGCGCUAUGAGGCCUGCCCACUUACAGUUCAGCCUAGUACCUAAUCCUACGGGCUAUGUCAGCAAAUUUGAUUCAUCUACGGAUCUCCUCAUUUCUGUUUGAUUUUUAUUUAAUUUUAUUUCUCAAGGUGGCAUAUUCAUAUUUUUUCGUUCAAUAUAAUAUUUAAAACAUGUUCCUUGAAUUAUAACAUUAGAAAUUACAUAAAAUUCAGUUUCUGAACGUGAAAAUGUCAGCGAGCGACGUCCGCCAUGACACCAAUUCCUUUUUCAAAUCUAGCCGCCCAGAGCAAUGCAUCAAUUUUAUAUUUCUCCUAAAUUAAGUCUUUAAUUUGUCAUUUAUAGGUACAAUAAAUAUCUCAAAACAAUGAAUACAGUCCACACUCAAUUACCACACCGCAAAAAUAUACGAUUAGUGUUAACUUAACAGAUGCUUGUAUGGGAACAGUAACCAGAAUAUACGUCGGACAAAUUAUAUUUACUACAAAAGACAUGCGUUUAAAGGAUGGGACAGUCGUUUUAAUACAAUUAAUUUUAUUGAUAUCCUCCUAUAUCAAGACGAUAUUUACAUUGUGAUAUCUUUAUCGUCUGCGUGUGUACGGUUAGAACAAAUUUUUGUUUAAAAAAAUUAAAGAAAAAGUUCUGCCGUGAGCGAAAUACCAGUUUGCAUAGUGCGAGUUUUUAACGGUCUCGAUAUCGUAAAAGUUAACUCAAAUUUGUAUGGAGUUGGAACGUUUGCCUACGCUUGCCGUUACGGCCGUUGUUCCGACUGCAUACAAAUUUGAGUUAACUUUUACUCUAUCGAAUCCGUUAAAAAACUCGCAAUAAGCACACAGAUAACUCUUAAUUUAGCUAUUUUUAUAAUUAUUAGGAAACUGUAAAGUAGUUGAAUGUAAACCAUUUUAAGGAGACUUUUUGGCGGGAACGCGGGGAGUGAAGUUGUGUUUUGUUUUAUUUUCUCUAUUUAGUGUUUCUUCAGGCUUAAAUGUGUAAUAACGGUGGUUUAUUAACUGCUUAGUAUAUCUGUGAAAGUGCACAAAUGUGGGAAAACGAAACAAAGCCGCUGGACGUAACUUCUAGAGAUCCCACAAAAAGUCCACUGAAAAAGUCUCCGUAAAUGACCACCAUUAUAUUUCUUCCCAUAUCAUCUCAUCUCAUUUCAUUUAAUUUCAUCUCAGUUGAUUAAUGUCUCAAACUAAUCAUCUUCAUUUCAUUUCACUCCAUAUUAUCAUUUUUCACAAAAAAUAAGAGUAUAAAUUAAAAUAAGACUUGACCUAAAGGUCUUAGUUACCAGGUUAUAAAAUCCCAAAAAAACUAUUUUAAUGUACUUUUUGGAGGUAUAUGUGAAGCGAUGUCCCGCAAUAUUAUCAAUCAGAUUUCUUUCACAAAUAAUAUACGGUUUAUAAUUCAAUACCUGACGCAUGCGAAAUUUACAAAAUUUAUUUUAACCAGCCAUCACUGUUUAUAUUCCCGCUAAAAUUUAUCAUCAGAUUUUUUUGUUUAUUUAUUUUCCACCCAGGGCUACAAGGCCAUACAGUCUAGCUUAAUUAAUCAUCAGCACAUAAGGCACAAAUGUUUAACAAAUAUUAUUUAAUGAAUAUAAUAUCAUAGUGAUAAGUCGAAUCGCGUGACAAAGAUUUGAAAAGGGAUAUGAUUCGAAUAUAUCGUAAACUUGCGCUAGUGCCUAAUGAUAAGUUUCUUCGUUCUUAUGGAGUGCAAGGAGAACUCUUGAAAAAGUGUUCGGCAGUAAGAACUCAAAAACCCAUUAUAAGACCUAGCAUACAAUACAGUAGAACGAUGCGAAUAUUGUAGUUAAAAAUGACUGAAAUGUGCUGAAUUGAAAAAUUACAUGAAGACAUGACUGGAUGAAGGGGAUAUGAUACAAUUUGUUAAUUUUGAGAAAACGGACAACAAACUUUUGUUACUUGUACUUUUUAACUCCUUCAUCAUAUGCAAUUUCUAAAAAUAGCCUUUAACCCGGCGUCAUGGGGGUUGGGUCAAAAUGACCCGAGACGUUUUUGUUAGCUUACAGAUUCGUAAUUACGCAAGUGACGAUGCUGUACUUCUCAAUAGCUGGAAUUUAUGGCUUCCUCUAAGCAUUGUUUACAAUUAUAUAGUUAUGCUGCGACCGUGCUUGGAGCUAACUGUGACCAAAGUUAAAAAGGGGUAAAUAUGACCCAUCCCCGUACUCGGUGUAACAGUUUUGCGCCAUUGUUUCCAAUAUGGCUUUUAUGUUUAUUCAUUGUUUUAAGUGUUGUUAUUUUACAUUUUAUGUUUGAACUAUAAUUUCUUACUAUUUUGCUAUAUUUUUAUUAAUAUAUCGAAAAAAAAAUGGAUUGAGAGGAAGGAGGACGAAAACGUAUUUCAUCAAUUCUUGAAGCAUAUGACUCGGAUGUCAUGUCCUCUGAUCAGGAGUCUGCUGAUGUCAAGUCUGCACCAUAAUAACAGUAUUGAUAAUUCAUCUGGAGAAAAGCAAAAGUCGGAAAUCAAUACGUAUUACAAUUCAAUAAAAUAUGGAGUGGAUAUGGCUGAUGAGUUAGUUGUACGCUACAUAAUAAUAUGACGUGUGUCGCAAUUCAAAAAACUGAUCUUUGAGUUUUCUACGCCUUUUUGAACAUGUUUGCUGUCAACGGACUUACAUACAUACAUGGAAUCAAUAAUGAGUGGAAUCAAAAGCGGUGUCAAUAUAUGAAGAAGCUAGGCCUUGCCCCUGUGAGUGAGCAUCUGAGAGUACGCCAGAAUGUGACACGUUUGCCUCGAGAAAUGCGAAAAAAAUAGCAUUAUUUGUUAGUGAAGAUUCGGAGGAGCCUCCAGCUAAGAGACCCAAUACUCAUAAGAGAUUGUAGGUAUGUCCUGCGAAAAAACACUGCAAAACAACCCAUACAUGUUAUGAUUGCAAACAAAUAUAUUUGACCUGAACAUGUCGUACUUUUCUGUAAAAAACCAGGUGGACUGACGACUUAGUGCGCACGGCGGGAAGUCGUUGGAUGCGGAAGGCGGAGGACCGCAUUAUGUGGAAGGCAUUGGGGAAGGCCUAUGUCCAGCAGUGGGCAGAUAAAGGCUGAUGAUGAUGAUGAUGAUGAUGUCGUACUUUUCUGCAGUGAUUGUAUUCACAAUGAUGAUUCUGAUUAGUUUUAAGUAAGUUUUAUCUAAUGAUAUCGUAGUUAAGUUUAUAAAAGUGCUAUAAAUAAUUAAAGACUACCAAUUGGUGCAAAUAAAUAUGAGAUUAGGCUAAGGAACGCCAUUUUUGUUGAUUUUUACGCAUAGACCUAUAUAGUAGGGACACGACAUAUUGUUCUAUACGUACAAUUGCUUAUAUAAAUAGCACCCAUUUUGAAGGCACAUACAUAAACAUAUAUCUAUCUCGUUCUUACUCAGCACUUUAACUCGCAGGAAAACAAUAUAACAGUAUUUUAGUGCGUACAUAAAAUGAAACAUGAAUAUACGUAAAUGUCUCCGUCUCCGUCUAAUGAGGCCGAAAAUCCGCCAUGUUUAGCGCGCCAAAUGUCAUUGUCACGUCAGUUCGGCCGUCUGUUUUGGGUUGUACAUUAUUUAUUGACUUUGAUAUCGAUUUAAUAUGAUUGCUUAUAUAAAAUUUCUUAUUUUACCAUGCUUAAAACAUACAAAAAUAAUAAUUAAAACAUAUUUUAUAGGAUAUCAAGAAAGUCGAUGCCCCAAAAACUAUUAUCUAUAUAUAUUUAAAUUCAUUAUGGAGCCCUCAUCCGAAAAAUCGGACACCAUUUUUCGGUCGGAAUCUAUUGAUCAUGACACUAAUCAUAAAUACCUCUUUAAAAUAUGUCAUCAAAACAUAUUUAGACAUUCUGUUUACAUAUUUCAGGAAAAAGGCUACCGACAAAAUCUCUUCGGAACUAUUUAAAUAAAAUAGUUUUAUUCCGCAGUGAGUAAAACACUAUUGUCAACUCGUUAAAUACUUAAUAAUUAAGUGAUUUUAGAGAGGAAGUCACAAGGAAUGACGUUUGUAAUUUUAUUAACGAAGAAAUGUUCUGUAGGUGUUUUUUUUUUAUCAGGCGGUCCCUUGAUAAGUUUAAAAUUUGAAUCACUCUCACUUGAGAGUGAUUCAAAUGGUGCGGCGUACCUUCCUUGAGGUGUGCUGCGGUAGUGUGUUACGGACUUUAGAGUCAGCAAAACAAUUAAAAUAGAUUGUAAUAGUCUAAGAAAAACGCGUACUCAAAAUACGAUAACAUUCAGCAUGCUAGAAAUGGGCAGAUGGCACUGUACUACGCCAUAUCUUUAUGUUUUGCGGCAAACGACAACUUUAUAAAAUCAGUGUAGCAAAUUUUAAAAAUCGUCAUAUCGUUUACUUGGCAAAUUUGAAGCACGAACUCGUCUUAGAUUUCACAUAAUAUCUAAAUCAAAUCAUCUUUGCACAUUACAAUAUACUUACUUCCUAUUAAAGUAUAAAUUCUACAAAUACAUUCACUCAACAAUAUUUAAAAUAAAAUGAGCCAAGAACGUUUAUCGAUAAAACCUACUAACAUUAAAAUCUUCUGGGCAGCACUAAAAGCGCCAUGUUUUGUGGCCAGAUGACGUCACAGUGGCACGAAUUUUUUGUUGACGUUUCAUUUCCAUAGGUUUCCUACUUCAGUGUUUUUACGUGUUUAUGUUUUGGAAGGUUUAAAGAUUUAAUUACGAUAUUCUGCAAUACAAAUUCUUGUUUUAUUUACUAAACCACAAGACAAUAAAGUCAUUACUACAAAAAAAUUAAUUACUGAAUUUAAUAUUAUUGAAAUAUCUUAAGUCAAAAUAUCGGGUAGAUAUGACCCACCCCCACGUCCGUGUAGUCAUUUUCCACCCCCAUGACGCCGGGUUAAAUCCGGAGUUUUAAGGUCUAAUAUGGUUUAUAGGCACAUAACACCUUCAUUCAAUGUAAAAACUCAAAAAUCUUAAAUUGAUACUUAACCCCAUCAUCCAGUCAUGUCUUCAAUUAAAGUUUUGACGCAAUAUUUCAAAUGACAUCCUUUAUUACGGUGGAUACCUCCCCUAAUCAUUUUCGAUGGAUACAUUGCAGUGUCCUCCUUACCUUUACACUCUUAAUUUCAACGGUCUUCUGCUCCAACAAAAAUCUAUACAAAUUCGACAAUGAAUUUAUAAUAUUUAAAACAAUUACGUAAUUAAGUAUCAUAGAAAGUUAUUAUUAAUAGAUAAAUUUAGUAAAAUAUUUUCGACGCUGUUUUGUUCUAUAGUUUUAAUGAGUUUUUUAGAUAAUUAAUAUAAGAGUUACUUAAUGUCUUUCUUGAUUGAAAUGCAUGAAUGCAAAGGAAUAUAAUGUAAAUUAUUUUAAUAAAGAUUAAAUUUGUUUGAUAUAUUCAUACAUAAUAUGUCUUCGGGAUAUAAUUAUCUAGGUGCAAUUAGUACGUAAUUUUGAAUGUUUUGUGAUAAUAUAAUUUUGUUGCAUUUUCCAAUUAAAUUUUAAGGCAUUUUAAAUAAAUAAGUGUAGGUUUGUAAUAAUUUUAUUAUUUAUAAAUAAUUUGACAAAUAAAAACAUGAAUCUCCAAA